AUGGCCCGAAAGGCUAUGCCGGAACCCUCCGGGAAGCCGAACAAUAUCUCUGAGUCGGGAAUGGUAGAAGCUCUUCCUUGGGCUUUCAUACAGGAGAUUCCGGGUCAAGAGCCACCUCCCGGACAAGUCUCAAACUUCACUGAUCCACCGAAUCUUGUGAUCACCGUUGCUGUCGUUCUUUCUAUCAGCUCCUUCUUUGUGAGUGUGGCGGAGGGUUUUCGUAUCGACGCGAAGGUCUCUUCCGCUCGGUCCUUUACUUGGGAUGACUAUGCCAGUUUCUUAGCCACGGUAGAUGCGCACAACUCUACUUCCUCGGUCAAUCAUGCAGCUGACCUUGAGCUUGGAUAG